UGUACUGCGUCUACUAUCGUGAGGCCACUGGGAUAGCGGGGAGCGAUACGCAAGGGGAUCAUGCAAAGACAAUCCGGGGAGCAUAUCAGGCGAGCUGCCGAUUUAGAGCUUGUGCAAACCGCCGAUUCGAUAUUUCCUCCAUCAUCGUGUCUCAACUUUGCUCAUCGGCCGCGAUACACAAUAAGUCACGAUGCAUCUCGUCCCAAAGGAGCUUGACAAGCUCACCAUAUCGCAGCUGGGCUUUCUCGCCCAGCGGCGCCUGGCCCGCGGCGUCAAGCUGAAUCAUGCAGAAGCCACCGCCCUGAUCUCGUCGACGCUGCAGGAACUGAUCCGCGAUGGCGGGCACACGGUGGCCGACCUGAUGGCGCUGGGCGCCACCAUGCUGGGGCGCAGACACGUGCGGCCCGAGGUUGUGUCGACGCUGGGGCAGAUCCAGGUCGAGGGAACGUUUCCCUCAGGCACCUACCUCGUCACGGUGCAGAACCCCAUCUCCACCGACGACGGCGACCUGGCCCGCGCCCUGUACGGCAGCUUCCUGCCCGUGCCCAGCAACGACGCCUUCCCCUUGCCCGAGGACCCGGCCGUGUACGAGGCGGCUCGCCAGCCGGGCGCCGUGGUUGUUGUGAAGACGGCGGGUAAAGUCAAGUUGAAUGAGGGGAGGAAAAGGAUCAGGCUGCGCGUCACCAGCAAGGGCGACCGCCCUGUUCAGGUCGGCAGUCAUUAUCAUUUCAUUGAGACUAAUCCCAUGCUGGAGUUUGACCGCUUGCGGGCCUACGGGUUUAGGCUGGAUAUCCCCGCCGGCUCGUCUAUCAGGUUUGAGCCUGGGGAUACCAAGACUGUGACGCUCGUCGAGAUUGGAGGGGAUAGGAUCAUUCGAGGCGGGAAUGGGCUUGCUUCGGGUAAGGUGGAUUUCGGGAGGGCCGCCGAGAUCCUUGAGAAGCUACAGAACGCGGGCUUCGCCCACGCCCCUGAGCCCGCGGGGGAUAUGGCCUUCUUCACCGAGGGUUACACGCUCGACAGAGCGGCCUAUGCGACCAUGUAUGGUCCCACGACAGGGGAUUUGGUCAGGCUGGGGAGCACCGAUUUGUGGGUCAAGGUUGAGCGGGAUUAUACCGUCUAUGGCGAUGAGUGCAAGUUUGGAGGGGGCAAGACGAUACGCGAGGGCAUGGGCCAGGCGACGGGGCGGUCGGAUGCCGAGACGUUGGAUCUGGUUGUGAUGAAUGCACUCGUGGUGGACUGGACGGGCAUCUACAAGGCGGAUAUCGGCGUCAAGGACGGAUUGAUUGUAGGCAUCGGCAAGGCCGGAAACCCCGAUGUCAUGGACGGCGUCACGCCCGGCAUGGUCGUGGGUAGCUGCACUGAUGUGAUUGCUGGCGAGGGCAAGAUCGUCACGACGGGCGGCAUCGAUACCCAUAUCCACCUGAUCUGCCCGCAGCAGGCAUACGAAUCGAUUGCAUCCGGCAUCACUACUAUGUUGGGUGGCGGCACUGGGCCAAGCGCCGGCACCAACGCCACAACUUGUACCCCUGGCGCGAACUACAUGCGCCAGAUGCUCCAAGCCUGCGACGAGCUGCCGGUCAAUAUCGGCAUCACUGGCAAGGGCAACGACAGUAACCCAGCAGCCUUGCGCGAGCAAAUCAUUGCGGGUGCAUGUGGUCUCAAGCUACACGAAGACUGGGGCACCACGCCGGCAGCCAUCGACUCGUGCCUAAGCGUAUGUGACGAGCUUGACGUGCAAUGCCUCAUCCACACAGACACGCUCAACGAAUCCGGCUUCGUCGAGUCCACUAUUGCAGCCUUCAAGGGGCGCACUAUCCACACGUAUCACACCGAGGGCGCCGGCGGCGGCCACGCGCCCGACAUCAUCAGCGUGGUGGAGCAUCCCAACGUGCUGCCGUCGUCGACGAACCCGACGCGCCCUUACACGCUCAACACGAUCGACGAGCACUUUGACAUGCUGAUGGUGUGCCACCACCUGAGCAAGAACAUACCCGAGGACGUGGCCUUUGCCGAGAGCCGCAUCCGCGCCGAGACCAUCGCCGCCGAGGACGUGCUGCACGACCUGGGCGCCAUCAGCAUGAUGAGCAGCGACAGCCAGGCCAUGGGCCGCUGCGGCGAGGUGAUCCUCCGCACGUGGAACACGGCGCACAAGAACAAGCUGCAGCGCGGAACGCUGCCUGAGGACGAGGGCACCGGUGCCGACAACUUCCGCGUCAAGCGCUACGUGAGCAAGUACACCAUCAACGCGGCCCUCGCCCAGGGUAUGGGCCACCUGGUCGGGAGUGUGGAGAUUGGCAAGCUGGCCGACUUGGUUGUGUGGGAUCCCGCCUGGUUCGGGACCAAGCCCAGCUUGGUGCUCAAGAGUGGCAUGAUUGCUUGGGCGCAGAUGGGCGAUGCCAACGCGUCAAUCCCCACCAUCCAGCCGGUCAUCGCCCGGCCCAUGUUUGCGCCCUUGGUCCCACAGACAAGUGUGCUGUUUGUGUCCCAGGCAUGCAUUGACAGCGGCAAGGCGGCGUCGUACGGCCUCAAGAAGCGUGUCGAGCCUGUCAAGAACUGCCGCUCCGUUGGAAAGAGAGACAUGAAGUUCAACGACGUCAUGCCCAAGAUGCGUGUCGACCCGGAGAGUUAUACCGUCGAGGCCGACGGUAAGGUUUGUACUGCUGAGCCGAGUACCGAGUUACCACUUGCGCAGAGCUGGUAUGUGUACUAGUUGUUGGGUGUGGAUGGGUGAGGAGGUCGUGUUUUUUUAGGGAGUGGCGGGUUGCUUGCCUUGCGUGUAUUCCGUAGGUGAUGGCGGUGUUCUUCAAGGAGCACUCUUGCAGUGACAUAGUAAUCAUGUGCUGUGUAUUCUUGACCUGAUUAUGACCUUGAUGCGACUUGUGUCCUUUGUUGUUGACAGCUCGGCAGAGGGGGUGAUGAUAUUAGUGUAUGCCGUUGAAGAACCGAUGUUCCAAUGCUCAAAACAUGGAAGGGUGG